CGAGGAAGGGAGCUCGUUGUAACGACAGAAAUUACUGGAAAGGCUUUUAUCAUGGGUUUCAACACCAUGCUGUUUGACCCAACGGAUCCGUUCUUAAACGGAUUCACACUAAAGCAGUAG